ACGGACAGCAGUGCAGCGCCCUCUCCCUCAGAGCUGCAGCUUUUCUCAUUAUUAUCUCUCCCUCCUUCACUGCGAGAGACCAACGCCAAAGAUGCAGAAUCUAACACGCAAAAUAACCACAACCAAAGAGAAUCUGAGGGGAUUUACGCUCCGGAUGUAGGAGAUAUGGAGACACAGGAUGGAGGAUGUCCAUCUGAGGAGGACACAAACAUUCAGGACAGCAGCAAGGCCGAACAAACAGCAGGAGGGAAAUGCAGCGACAGUAUUUCUGUUGGAGAAGAGGAUGAUGAUGAGGCUUUGGACACCUGCAGAGCUCCUUCUACAUCCACCAACAGUCCCGUGUUUCCCAGCUGCAUGAUGGUCUCUCCUCGGCAGAGAGUUGCACACAAAUGCACUCAGUGUGGAAAGUGCUUCAUUUACCGCUAUGAGCUGCUGGAGCAUCAGAGGCUGCACACCGGAGAAAACCCUUACAAGUGCUCUCAGUGCGGAAAGGCCUUCAGGACGACCUCUGAGAUGUCGACUCACAGGCGGACUCAGUGCACAAAGGCAGCGUACGUCUGCAUCAAAUGUGGGAACAGCUUUCAGUCAAUACAGGACAAAUUCAGACACCAGUGUGGUCAAAGCGUCCAAAAGUUUGACUGUCCUCAGUGCGGAAAAAGCUUCAAGACAAAGUACUUGCUGGGUAAACACGAGCUGACACACGCUAAGAACCGCGUCUUCACGUGCAGACAGUGUGGCGAGGGUUACCCCACUAUGAGCGAGCUGAGAUCCCACCAGAAGACGCAUCCUCCCGAGCUGUCCAACCAGUGCAGGCAGUGUGGGAAGUUUUACAGCUCCGCCGCCUGUUUGACAGCCCACGAGCUGCGCCACAAACAACAGAGGACGCAGAUUUGUAAACAGUGUGGCAAAGCUUUCAUAAACAAGCACGACCUGACUCUUCACAUGCGCAGUCACACCGGAGAGAGGCCGUUUCAGUGCACGUACUGCGGGAAACGUUUCUCCGUGUCAGGAAACCUGAACAUACACGUCAGGAUCCACACGGGGGAGAAACCGUAUCUCUGCUCCGACUGCGGCAAGGCUUUUGUUUCAGCCGGCGAGCUGCAGAUACACAGACGCAGCCACACGGGGGAGAAGCCGUACAAGUGCACCGUUUGCGGGAAGGGAUUCACCAUGGCGAGCAAAGUGACGGUUCACAUGCGCGUUCACACCGGAGAGCGCCCUUACAUCUGCUCUGAGUGUGGGAAAGGUUUUUCACGAGGCAGCGAGUUGAAGAAACACACCAUGAACCACGCAGGUGUGCGACCGUACGCUUGUCACCUGUGUGCAAAGACCUACACCUGCCUCAACCACCUGAAGAGACACAUAAAAACUCACAGCGUCGUGCAAAACCACACCGUCUAAUUCAUUUGAUUAUCCGCUGCUAUUUAAUCAAAUCAAUGCCAUAUUCAUGCAACUACUGCAGAAACAGAGAGACAAAACUUCGCGAGGUGCACAGAGAAGGGAAUCACAUUAAAGGACAUCGAUGCAAAAAGCCUGCACUGAUUGUGUUGUUGACUAUAAACUGUAAUUAGUUUCAUCCUCUGUUGCAAAAUGUCUUAAUUAAUGGAUCGACAUCCGUUUACUCGUGCUGCAUUCAGACGGUGUUCACAAACAUUUUAACCUUUGAAACUUUAGGAAUUAGUUUGAUUUCUUUCAAAGACACGAAAAAAAACAUAAUGAGCAACCUGGCAAGAAUUGUUGCAAAAAUAAAUGACUGAAGAGAGUCUUUGCACAGCUGAAUGUGUGAGCGGUGCAUCGGAGGAAGGUGCAGUUAUAAACAAAGACACUCCCAUUUACUGCUGACAUAUUUACUGAAUGAAUAAAACGUUACUCUUUUUCAUUCAGCAAAUGUGUCAGCAGGAAGCAGGACAGUGUGCGGGAGUUUCUCUCUUUGUUUGCAAAAGAAAUAAGUAAAAGGUGAUGAGAAAAUGAUCAAAAAAUAAG